CCGCCCCGUCCUUUCGGUCUCUGCGGCGGCCGGGCUGAGCUAGCGGCGGCCUCCUCCCUGCGCUCCUCGUCCGCGCUCCAGCAGCUGUCUGCCCGCCGCAUCGCCAUGACGGAGCAGGCCAUCUCCUUCGCCAAGGACUUCCUGGCCGGGGGCAUCGCCGCCGCCAUCUCCAAGACGGCCGUGGCUCCGAUCGAGCGGGUCAAGCUGCUGCUGCAGGUCCAGCAUGCCAGCAAGCAGAUCGCGGCCGAGAAGCAGUACAAGGGCAUCGUGGACUGCAUCGUGCGCAUCCCCAAGGAGCAGGGGGUGCUGUCCUUCUGGCGGGGGAACCUGGCCAACGUCAUCCGCUACUUCCCCACGCAAGCCCUCAACUUCGCCUUCAAGGACAAGUACAAGCAGAUCUUCCUGGGCGGCGUGGACAAGCACACGCAGUUCUGGCGCUACUUCGCCGGCAACCUGGCCUCGGGGGGUGCGGCCGGCGCCACCUCCCUGUGCUUCGUGUACCCGCUGGACUUCGCCCGGACCCGGCUGGCCGCCGACGUUGGCAAGUCGGGUGCUGAGCGCGAGUUCAAGGGCCUGGGUGACUGUCUGGUGAAGAUCACCAAGUCGGAUGGCAUCCGCGGGCUCUACCAGGGCUUCAACGUGUCGGUGCAGGGCAUCAUCAUCUACCGGGCCGCCUACUUCGGGAUCUACGACACCGCCAAGGGGAUGCUGCCCGACCCCAAGAACACGCACAUCGUGGUCAGCUGGAUGAUCGCCCAGAGCGUCACGGCGGUGGCCGGAGUGGUCUCCUACCCGUUCGACACCGUGCGCCGGCGCAUGAUGAUGCAGUCAGGCCGGAAAGGGGCCGACAUCAUGUACACGGGCACCAUCGACUGCUGGCGCAAGAUCCUCAAGGACGAGGGCGGCAAGGCCUUCUUCAAGGGCGCCUGGUCCAACGUGCUGCGGGGCAUGGGCGGCGCCUUCGUGCUCGUGCUGUACGACGAGCUCAAGAAGGUCAUCUAGGCCCAGGAAGGCCGUCGGCCAGGCCGCCCGGACCAGCCGGGACCAGCCCCAGCCCCGCCUUCCCGACGCCACGCUGGGCGGGCGGGCGUCCCCAGUCCGAGGCAGAGGCAGACCAGAGUGCAGCGCCCAGGCCCCGCCUCGCGCCCAAGUAUUUAUUUCUGCCCAGGAAUGCGUGGCCCGCGUCGCCCCCAUCUGUGCUCAGCGGUGGGCCUGGCUCGGGGCGGGGCGCGGGGCCACGGGUGUGUUCCCCUCGCUCGGGCAUUUUGCAGACCAAUAAAGCGGGACCAGGUCAGCGCUCG